GCGCGAGGGCGGCCGCGCCUGUGACCUCACUCUUCCUCUGUGACUCUGUGAUUUGAUUCUUCCUGCACGGCUACGCGACCCCGCGGUGAGUUUCCUGAAUGCCCGAAUCUGGACGUGUUUGUGGAGAUGUGCGGGUCUUUCUUGCCUGCUUGACACGUGGUUUCGUGCCACGUGUCUCUCCGGUCUGUGUCAGACAGCGAGUUCGUCCUUCGCACAGCCCUUCCCAUUGCCGAGGCGAUCCUUCCACUGCUCUGCAGAACGGCACCUUUGCUGUGCGGCAUGAACCCUAAUGUUGCUGCACACAUCGUCGCGCACACCGGCUGUGAUGCGGGAGGGGUUGGGGGGUUGGAGUGUAGCGGCCAUCGUGGAAUGAAGUGAUGAGAUGCGGCUGUGAGCGAGGGGGGGUAAUGUACUUAAGCAUUCUCUCAUCCAUCAAUGGGUGUUUUGAGUGGAAACACCGUCUGAGUGUGUCGAGUGAAAACACACCCCACCCGCUGAUCCGUACACUAUCAAGCAUGUGAGCAACAUAGCUGGGUGUUUUGAGUGAAAACACCGACUGAGUGCUUUGAGUCGAAACACCAAACAGCCGUUCUGAAAUGGCGAGUGCAAGGAUUGAGUCAGUAGGUCUGUCAGUCAGGGGUUGACGUCUACGUGGUGAGGUUUGGAACCUCUAACCUGGUUGUACACCUAUCACCAUGGUUGAGACCCGCACUGGGAAGGAGACUAGUCCCUACACCCCUGAGCAGCAAGCGAAGAUGACCGCCAUAGUGAAAGAGAAUAGGGAAAGGAAAGAGCGUGAGAAGCAGGCGAAGCUCAAGGCUAUCGUAGACGAGCGGGCGACAAAGAUGAAGGAAGUGGAGGAGGAGAUGAAGAAGAAGGAGAAGGCUGCUGAAGAAGAAGCGGCAGCAGAAGAAGAAAAGGAGAGAAUGAGGAUUGAGAGUGGAGAAGGAAGCAGUAGUGGCACGAUGAAGAGGGAGUCAGAUAUUGAGAUGGAGAAAAAGAUCAGUGAGUGGGUCGCUAAUUUAUCGUUGGGUGAAGAGGAAGAGGCGGAGUCCUACGUGACUGAGGAUGAGAGGGCGGCGCUAGCCAGUGAGCUCGCAACAAUGACAGAUCCUAUGGAAAGGCGAGAAAGGGAGGAGGAGCAGAAAUUGGCAUGGAAGUUGAGGAUGAAGCGAGAGAAGAAGAGGAGGAGAGAGCAAGUGAGUAGAAUGACUGCAGAGGUGGCGAAGGUGCAAGCAUGCAGGCAAGAGGUGAUGGCCCAGCCGGAUGAUAAGGCAAAGUGGGACAAAGUACAGGGGUACCUGGAGGUGUUGAGCAAGGCCUGGAUGGAAGAGCGCCAGGCCAGCUGGCGCCAAGAUGUAGCCUUGAAUGCCAUGCGGUCAGGGUUUAGAGACUUUGCGCGCGAGAUCGUCACCCAUAUUGGGGGCGAAGUCAAACAGUUGAGAGACAAUGUAGGGAAGUUUUGUGAGGGCGCCAUUCAGGGUGCCAAAGCUGUAGCCGCUGAGGGAGAGGCCAGACCCCGUAAGGACCCAGUGAAACUUAAGUUCCUAGAUGCCUACGGGGGAAAGAAGGAAGAAAACUUUGACAACUGGGAAGCCAGUGUCAAUAGUUAUAUUUACCGGCUGCAUAUCCUAAUGGAGGAACAAGUCCUCGUGGCCUUUCAGGCCCUCAAAGAUGACGCGGCUAGUUUCGCUAGGUCUCUUGUGCGUACAACCGGUUGUGAAAACAACCUGGUUGCAUAUUCCAAAGUCACCCCUCUUUCCCAAUUCCUCAAGCUCCUCAAGGAGCGUUUCGCUGACCCAAUGCGAGGCAUAAGAGCCUCUGACAAGCCCCAAACGAUCCACUCACGACAAUGGAGGAGUGCCAAGGCACUCAAGGGUACCAUGGACGACUUGGUAGCCGUCCCGGACCAUGGGGUCACUGAGCCCCAUUUGGUCUUGGAGAAGCUUAGAGAAGCUAACUUCAAGAUCAACGCGAAGAAGUGCGAGUGGGCCAAGACGCAAGUCUUGUACUUGGGCCACGUGUUGGACGGAGAUGGCAUUAAGCCAGAGGACAGCAAGAUCACGGCGAUUAGAGACUGGCCGACACCCCGCACAUUAACAGAGUUGCGGUCGUUCCUAGGCUUAGCUAACUACUAUAGGAAGUUCGUGAGGAACUUCUCCACUAUCGCUGCCCCCUUGCGCAGACUGCUAAAGAAAGAGGCAAUCUGGCAAUGGGAUAAAGAUUGUACGUCUGCGCUCAAGAAGUUAAAGCUCGCGUUAAUAGAAUAUCCUGUCCUCAAAGUAGCAGAUCCGUCCUUACCAUUUGUCGUUACCACGGACGCAAGUCAGUAUGGGAUAGGCGCCGUGUUGCAGCAAGACGACGACAAUGGUUAUAGACCCGUAGAGUUCAUGUCAGCGAGGAUGCCCUGUGAGAAGGUUGCUACCUCCACGUAUGAAAGAGAACUCUACGCUCUCAGGCAGGAUGGAGGCAAGCAGCGGUUCCUCUUGGAAUUGGAGUUCGUGCAGUGUUUGGCCAAUCCUGCCUACAUCAACUAUCUGGCGCAGAAUCGGUACUUUGACAAUCCAUCGUUCAUCAACUACCUCAAGUAUCUGCUAUACUGGACCAAACCUGAGUAUGCCAAGUUCAUAGUAUAUCCGCAUUCUCUCUUCUUCUUGGAGAUGCUACAAAGCAAACAGUUUCGCACAGCCAUUGCCUUCCCCUUUAACAAGAUCGUUAGCCUUGCUCAGAUUGGCGAUCUCGUCCUGCUGCAGAUCGUUAGCCUUGCUCAGAUUGGCGAUCUCGUCCUGCUGCAGAUCGUUAGUCGUGUGCGGAUCAAGCUGCAAGCUGUUCUGUUCAUUUCUGUUUUCGUUCUUUCAUUUUGUCAACCCCUUUAAUAACUUUUUAUAACAAAGCGAGGAUUCAUUA